AUGUCCACACCCAAAGUUGCACUUGUCACAGCUGCAAGCAGUGGUCUCGGCGCAGCCAUUGCCCGCAUGCUAGCCGUUGACCUAGGAAUGAACGUGGUAAUCAACUUCAACAGCAACGAAUCACGCGCCAACAAACUGGCUCAAAGCCUUCAAACCGAGUGUGACAAAAAGUAUGCAGGGUCAAACAUCUCGAUACAGGCUAUUCAAGCAGAUACGUGCGAUAAGCUGCAGAUCAAAUCACUCGUGGACGAGACAGCAUCGAGGUUCGACGGGCGUUUAGAUGUUGUCAUAUCCAAUGUCGGUUGGACCAAGAUGCGUCAGUUCUCCGAUAUCGACGACAAUGUUGACGAGGAUGACUGGGAUCGCUGCUACGUUGCCAAUGUCAAGAGUCACCUGUGGCUUUUCCAUGCGGCAAAGCGGUAUCUUGAGGAGAGCAACAAGAGAGAAGCUGGAGUGCCUGUUUUUGUGUCUACAGCUAGUUUGGCGGGAGUUACCCCCAGCGGAAGUAGCGUGCCGUACGCAGUCACAAAGGCUGCACAGAUUCACCUAGGCAAGUGUCUUGCCAAGAUAGCUGCGCCGUCAAUCAGGGUAAAUACCAUUUCUCCUGGCAUAUUACUUACGGAAUGGGGCCUUUCGUUCCCCGCAGAGCGACUUGAAGCGGCCCGUAACACGAAUAAGUUGGGUCGUUUUGCCACGGUUGAAGACGUUGCGGAGCAAGUCAAAGCUUUUGUCGUGUCGAAGUCAGUGACUGGGCAAAAUGGGGUCAUCGAUGCUGGAUUUAGUCUAUGA